CUGUGGACCAGGCUAGAAUGACUGCUUAAUAUCUUUCUCUGGGUUUUUAACUUCAUCAUAAGACGAGGAUGACUUCAAAAACAGCUGAGGGAGUGACUAGCAGUUACAACAGCUUUGGCUGUUCCAGCAAGGCAAAUAUAAAUUCCAGAAAAUGUCACUCAGCCCCUUUUCUGAAACCAGUUAUGGGCCUGCAGAGGCUAACAUCCAUGAAGAAUCAUGCUCUGAAAAAAGUGUGUAAGAUUUUGUCUCAGGCAAUGGAUUCAAAAAACUCAAAGGCUGAUGAUUUUUCCCUGGAUGAGUCAAAACUGAUCAUCAGAGUUCUUGCUGCUCAGCUGGAGAGGAUUGUGCAGAAUAGAAAAGCCUUUUUCCUAAGUGCAGUCAUUAAAGAUGGAUCCUGUAUGGAGGAGCAACAGGAAUUUAUUCUGCAGUGGGCUGAGGACGUCAUGCUCACACAAAACCAAGAGCAGACAGCAGGCGGAGGAAUGUCUACAACUACAGAUCAUUUUUUGAUGGAGGAAGUGAGAGAACCUGAGCCCCAGAGCACAGACAAGGAGCAAAGACUAAAGAGAGCCAGGCGGGUCCUGUUUGACUGGGCCUGGUCUCUGACAGAGACACAAGAGGGUUCAGUGUGUCUGGGAGAGGAGAUGUCUGCAGUAGUGCGGGACCUGGGGAAGCAGUGGAAGAAAGGCACACUGGCCAACAUCCUCCCUGUCAUGGACUUCAUCAUCUGGAGUCUGCUUCAACAGCACACUCAGGAGGGCUCAGCUGCAAAGCAGUGGCACAGAAAUCAGCGAAGGUUCAGAAGCAGAGCUCCAACUCAUACUCUUGAAUCUGUUUGGACAUGGAUUUUGAAAGCAACAGCUGACAUCACACUGGAUUCAUCUACAAAAAACCCAAGUCUGCAGCUGUCCCAGGACAGGAAAGGAGUGAAGAUGAAGCAAAUCAUAGAGAGUAUCAACAACCCAUGGGAUGGAUUCAGCAGGAGUCAGAGUGCAUAUGACAGCUGGUGGUGUGUAUUGGGAUCCGAGGGCUACGACUCAGGAAGGCACUACUGGGAGGUUGACAUCAGUGGGAAGACAGAGUGGAGGAUCGGUGUGGUCAAAGAGUCUGCGCCAAGAAAUGGUUUUGUCACUCUGGACACGGCAGCAGGUUACUGGACUCUGCGUCUGCAGCUUGGCCGGCUCCUGGCCAUGACAACACCCGUCACCAAGCUGAACAGCUGUGCACCCCGCAGACUGGGGGUGUUCCUGGACAUGGAGGAAGGGCUGGUGUCCUUCUAUGAUGCACAACACAGACGUCACAUUUACACCUUUGAUGUCACCUUUGAUCCCGCUGAGAGGAUUUAUCCUGUGUUCGGCACAGUCGAGACAGACAGAGAGCUACACAUUGUAAAUAAUUAGACUCUCUCUAAAGAUAGAUAGAUAGAUAGAU